AUGCCAAAGAAGAAACGUACGCGCGGCAAGCGAGGGGGUUGGCGUACCCACCUUAAGGAGUUACAAAGGGAGCUCCUUAACGCGGGAAGCUUUGACCCUUCCAUUUAUUGGAGGGAGGACGCGGCGAACGCUACCAAACCUCCGAAACUCGACACAACCGUCGAUAUCGCCGAUCCAACAGCCGCAACAUCUAAAGCCUCCACCUCGGAAAUCCUGGCUACAGUUGCACCAUCGUCGCGACCAAAACCGCCUCCAUCUCCGCCCCACGUGGCGCCCAUUCGAAAGCCUACUAGGCCCAUCAUAAUUACGCCUAAGCCGCGAAUCAUUAUCAAAGCUCUGCUCGUGAAAAGUGACUCAUGGUCGUACGUGAACGGCGACAUUCCAAGGCCUAUCGUAGCCGGCACAGGUCAAGCAUUUUCUGUUUCUCAGGCUGCGGCCAAUGCCUGGAUCGUCCAAGAUCGAAAGGCGAAAUCCGAUUUAAUUCUGUCAAUUAGCCCGGAACAGCUCAAGCAUCUUCGAAACUGCGACACAUCGAAAGAGGUAUGGGACAAAUUAAAGUCAGUAUACGCUUCGCAAGGACCAAUGAGAAAAGCUACUCUCCUAGAGCAGUUACUGUUGCAAAAAAUGCGCGAAGGAGACGAUGUCCGAGAUUAUCUAUCACGAUUCAUGAGCACCGUAGACAAACUACAAGCCCUGAAUAUCGAUAUUAACGGCGAUUUGCUGUCGGUCAUGUUGCUUCACAGUUUACCGACCAAUUUCGACAAUUUUUGUUGUGCAAUCAAAUCAUGUGACACAACUUAA